CAGCCAGCCAUGGCGGAUUCUAAAUCAAAGAAAUCCGCUAGCAAGCCAGAAGACAUAGAUCACCUCCGGUCCGACGUAGCCUCCUUCGCUUCCUCUCUCGGUCUCGCAACCUCUCUCCCUUCCUCCGGCUUCAACGAUGUCGAUUUUCGCAAUCCCGGUCCCAAAAAACCCCAAAGGAAGUCCAAACCAGCUCCAAUCCCAAACCCCACCAAAAACCAGAAGCCAAACAAGCCGAAUUUCAAACCCAAUGAAAACCAGAAGCCGAAACUCACACUUUCUUCACUGGAGGAAAACAGCAGCAAGGACAAAGCGAGAAACUUUGAGAAGUUCAAGAACCUACCGAAGCUGCCAUUGAUGUCGGCGAACAACUUGGGGGUGUGGUAUGAGGAAUCUGAGGAAUUGGAAGGCAAAGUGCUUGGUGGGAAGAAAGUGGAGGUGAAGAACGCGGAGGAGUGGAAGGGUGUGGUGGCAAAGAAGAGAGAGCUUGGAGAGAGGUUAAUGGCGCAGUACGUAGCGGACUACGAGUCAUCGAAAGGGAAGAGUGGGGAUAUUAAGCUUUUGCUUACCACACAGAGGUCCGGAACUGCAUCGGAUAAGAUAUCGGCAUUUUCGGUGUUGGUUGGGGAUAAUCCCAUUGCCAACAUGAGGUCCCUUGACGCACUUAUAGGAAUGGUGACAUCCAAAGUGGGAAAGCGAUAUGCAUUUGCAGGUUUUGAAGCAUUGAGAGAAUUGUUUCUUACAAGCUUAUUACCUGAUCGCAAGCUUAAGAACCUCAUGCAGCGGCCAUUAAAUCAUGUUCCUGACAAAGAUGGUUAUUCUCUUCUUCUUCUAUGGUACUGGGAGGAGUGCUUGAAACAAAGGUAUGAACGCUAUGUUUUUGCUCUUGAGGAAGCAUCAAAAGAUAUGUUACCUGAACUUAAAAACAAGGCAUUGAAGACUAUAUACGUGCUGCUAAAGAAUAAAUCAGAGCAGGAGCGUAGAUUACUGUCUGCGCUAGUUAACAAACUGGGAGAUCCUAAAAAUAAGGGGGCAUCUGAUGCUGAUUUUCACUUAUCAAACCUUUUGUCUGAUCAUCCAAACAUGAAGGCAGUGGUGAUCGACGAGGUGGACUCUUUUCUCUUUCGCCCACGUUUGACUCCACAAGCAAAAUAUCAUGCAGUUAACUUUCUGAGCCAAAUGCGUCUAACUCAUAAAGGAGAUGGACCAAAGGUGGCAAAACGUUUAAUCGAUGUUUAUUUUUCACUUUUCAAGGUACUUAUUAAUGAGGCUGCUGCUGGUGAAAAGAUGGAUAAAAAAGGGAAAGCAUGGUCUAAAAAGCCACUCAGUUCUAAUGAGGAUAAGAGUUCAUCGGAUUCUCAUGUUGAAUUGGAUUCACGCCUUCUGUCAGCUCUACUGGUGGGAGUCAAUAGAGCAUUUCCCUUUGUCUCUAGCAAUGAGGCUGAUGACAUUGUUGAGGUCCAAACUCCAAUGCUUUUCCAGCUGGUUCAUUCUAAGAAUUUUAAUGUAGGAGUUCAAGCAUUGAUGCUUCUCGAUAAGAUCUCGUCUAAGAAUCAAAUCGUCAGUGAUAGGUUUUACAGGGCCUUGUACUCAAAACUACUACUUCCAGCUGCCAUGAAUACUUCUAAGGCAGAAAUGUUUAUCGGACUUAUUCUGAGGGCAAUGAAAAAUGAUCUGAACUUGAAGCGUGCAGCUGCUUUCGCAAAGCGUGUAUUGCAGGUUGCGCUUCAGCAGCCACCUCAAUAUGCAUGUGGAUGCCUCUUCCUCCUUUCAGAAGUUCUCAAGGCAAGACCCCCAUUAUGGAACAUGGUGCUCCAGAAUGAGUCAGUUGAUGAUGAACUUGAGCAUUUUAAAGAUGUUCGAGAAGAAACUGAUGAUAACCCCACCCCUGUCCCAGAGAAACAGGAACUCGAUGUUGAGCUUGCACACAGCAAUGAUGCUGCCAAUUCUGACCAUGAUUCUUCAGAAGAUGAUAACGAAUCCACCGCCUCUUAUUCUGAAGGUGAAGGUUCUGAUGAAGCAGAGGAGUUUUUUGUGACAAAAGAUCGAAAUGAUUCCAAACCAACCCCUGCUAGUAAUGUGCAACCACCACAAGCAUCAUCCGAGAAGCCUCGCUUGCCUGGAGGCUAUGAUCCACGACACAGAGAACCCUCUUAUUGUAAUGCGGAUCGUGUGAGCUGGUGGGAGCUGACAGUACUUGCUUCACAUGUGCACCCUUCGGUUUCAACCAUGGCAAAGACCCUACUCUCUGGGGCAAACAUUGUCUACAAUGGAAACCCGCUGAAUGACCUAUCACUUACUGCUUUUCUGGACAAGUUUAUGGAGAAGAAACCAAAGCAAAGCGCAUGGCAUGGUGGUUCACAAAUUGAACCUGCGAAAAAGCUUGACAUGACCAACCAAUUAAUCGGAUCAGAGAUUCUCUCAUUGGGUGAAGAUGUAGCCCCAGAAGAUCUUGUCUUCCACAAGUUCUAUACGAACAAGAUGAAUUCUUCAAAGAAACCAAAGAAGAAAAAGAAGAAGGCAACAGAAGAUGAAGGCGCUGCAGAUUUGUUCGACGUGGAUGGUGGUGGCGGUGAUGACAGCGAUAACGAAGAGAUUGACAAUAUGCUGGAUUCCGCUGGUGUUUCUAUUGAAGCAGAUGGUGACUAUGAUUACGAUGAUCUGGACCAAAUUGCCAAUGAAGAUGAUGAAGACUUGGUUGCUAAUGUCAGUGAUACUGAGCUGGACCUGGCCUCAGACAGUGGGGAGGGAGAAGACUUUGAUGCCAUUGCGGACGAUGGCCAGAGUGACGACGACGACAUCGAUAUAGGAGAUGCAGACGACGACGACAUUGACUUAGGAGAUGCAGACGACAACGACAUUGACAUAGGUGAUGCAGACGACGACGACAUUGACAUAGGUGAUGCAGAUGACGGCAUCGACGAGGAUGAGGGGAAGAAUGUUAUAAGCAAAAGUAAACGGAAGCGAGGGAAGUCUGGAGCAUCCCCGUUUGCUAGUCUUGAAGAAUAUGAGCAUCUGUUGAACGUCGAUGUUCCUGCUGAUAAGGAAACUAGAAAAAAGAAGCCGAAAUCACGAAAGAGGAGAAAGUCGUCCGACUGAAACCUCCCUCUCUUCGUCGGACUCCUCCAAAAAACCAUCAGGAAAUUUUGUUUCGAACUCAUAUCCGAUUGUGCCCAUAGAAUUUUUUGCCGUUGGCUUUUACUUUCUAUGAAAAAUUAGAAUUCAAGAUUACAAUAGAGACAGAGAUGUAGGUCCGGACAAAUUGUUGCCCUUCCACUCAAGUUCGAAUUCCAUUGCCUUAACACAUAAA